UUUGGUUGAACACUUUUGAGGCUUAUUUUUUUUUUCUUCUUUCCCUUCACCUUCAUUUGUCAACUUCACUUCCAGCAGUCCAGUCAAAAUGGCGACCCCAAAGAUCGGUAUGAUUGUGAGGUCCUUCUCCUCCUCCCCCGUCGGGCAGCAGAUGGUGAAGCCCCCAAUCCAGAUCUUUGGGCUGGAUGGUCGAUAUGCCACCGCUCUGUUCUCUGGUGCCUCAAAGAUGAAGGCCCUUGAUGCUGCAGAGAAGGAUCUCAUCAAAAUUCAGACUGAGCUGAAGAAGGAUGCGAAGUUGAAUGACUACCUUAUCAAUCCAAGCAUCAAGAAGAACAUCAAGGUUGAGGCCAUCAAAGCAGCUGCUAAGCAGACUAGCCUGUCUGCUCCCGUUACCAACCUGCUGAGUCUUAUGGCAGAGAACAACCGGCUUAAGAACCUGAAUGGCACCAUCAAUGCUUUCAAGCAGAUCAUGGCUGCCGCUCGAGGAGAAGUUCCCUGCGAAAUCACCACUGCCAAGCCCCUGGAUGCUGGGGUCCUGAAGGAACUUGAGGGAGCACUGAAGGGCUUCUUGAAAUCAAACCAGAAAAUUCUGCUGACCACCAAGAUUGAUCCUUCCAUCAUUGGUGGGAUGGUUGUUACCAUUGGUGACAAAUAUGUUGACAUGAGCAUUGCCUCAAAAGUUAGAAAGUAUUCCAAAAUCAUUGCUGACAGUGCUUGAAUAAUCAUUUUAUUAAUUGGAUUGUAGUCCAUUCAUGUCUGUUAUGUAAAUAUAUCAAAUCCUUCUUUAAAUUAAAGUUGGUCAACUCUAA